AUGAAAGAAGUGGACGAAGUAGACAAAGAUGAUGAUGAUGAUGAUGAUGAUGAUGAUGAUGAUGAUGAUGAUGAUGAUGAUGAUGAUGGUGGUGGUGGUGGUGGUGGUGGUGGCGGCGGCGGCGGCGGCUAUGAUGAUGAUGAUUAUUGUUAUUAUUAUUAUUAUUAAGAUGCUAGUCAUAGGGAAGAGGAGGAAGAAGAGGAGGAAGAAGAGGAGGAAGAAGAGGAUGAGGAAGAGGAGGAGGAGGAGGAGGAGGAGGAGGAAGAAGAAGAUGAUGAUGAAGAAGAAGAGGAAAGAGUGGGAAAGGAGGAGGACGACGAAAGGCAAAGUAAAGAUGGCACAGAAGAUUAG